AUGUCUACUGAAGCUUCUGUCUCUUACGCUGCCUUAAUCUUGGCCGAUGCUGAAAUCGAAAUUACCUCUGACAAAUUAUUAGCUAUUACAAAGGCUGCCGGUGCUUCUGUUGAAGACGUCUGGGCCGAUGUUUACGCUAAGGCUUUAGAAGGUAAGGACUUAAAGGAAUUAUUAUUCUCCUUCGCUGCUGCUGCUCCUGCUGCUGCUCCUGCUGGCGGUGCCGCAGCUGCUGGCGGUGAUGCCCCAGCUGCUGUUGAAGAAGCUGAAGAAGAAGCUGAAGAAUCCGAUGGUGACAUGGGUAUGGGUUUAUUCGAUUAG